AUUUGAUAUUCAUUUUAUUUCUUUUACAAAUCACUUCAAGAUAUAGUAAACGUGUAAUACCCCCUUUUAAAAUACUUAAAACGAAUCAACUUGUAUACUUAAUUAAAAUGACAACAACAACAAAAAGUACAAAACUUAUUUCAUAUAUAAGUUAUAAAAAACAUUUUCAUUUCGAAUUCUCAACUAUAGACAAUGAUAUCAUCAUCAUCAUCAUCAUCAUCAUCAUCAUUAUCAUCAUCAUCAUCAUCAUCAUCGUUAUCAUUAUCAGAAUAUGACUUUCUUCACUCAUCAAAAUGAAUUAUAUUUGUGUAUCUAUAAAAAGAAUUCAUUUAUGAAUUCGAUUAAAUUUUCUUUAUUUUAUACCUUAAAAAUUAUAUUUUACGUAAAUUAGUACGUCAUCUACUGAAUUUCACAACAACAACCACAACAACAAAAACAAAAAGAACACUCAAUUCCAUCAUUUUUUUCUUCAUGUUGUAAAUCAUUUCUUUUAUUGUAACUAAUCAAAUAUCAUUUAAGUUCUAGUUCUAUACAUACAACAUAUGGAUAAAAUAAUGAAAUUGUAAAAAAGAAACAAUAUUUCAUAGGUUACUUCAUUUGAUAAUCAUUUUUUUAUUUUGUCAUUAAACUAAAUAUCAACCUUCAAAAAUGUGCUCGAAAAAUGUUCUAAUUAUUGAUUGUAUAAUUUGUUUUUUUCUAAGUUAACCAAUCAACGACUAGUUUACAUUUGAUUGGUUAGUAUGGAUAAUAUUGGUAACUUUUUCAAUGAUCCUUUCAUAUUUAUUAUUUCUAGUUACUUACUGUUUGUAUAAUUUUAUUGAGAUUAAGUUGAACAAUUUCAAUUGGAUUUAUACUACAAAUUAUUAAUGCAAUUCAUACUUCUUUCAUGUUAUAUUACGUAAUUGGAUAAAUUAACUAUCGUGUUUCUUUUCUCUUUUAAGUAAAUAAAAUCAUUAACAACAUCAACAAGGCAUUUCGAUGGCCAAUGUUGAUAUGACCUGGCCAACAACAAUAGUUACUGUAUCUGGUGAAAAAACAGUAUUUUGUCAACGUAGUAGUAGUAUAACAGAGAAAUCAUCUAAUGACAAUAUACAAAAAACAAUCAAUUCAUCUAUUCAACAUGAUAUUGAAAACUUAAACUUAAAUCAUUUGAAUGAAGAUGAACGUCAAAAGGUUUUAUGUGUAGUAAAAAAAGACUUUGAAGUACGUGCUAAAGAACGAGAAAGAUUGAACCGAUUUCGUUCAAGUAUUUUAAGACGAGAUAGAGAAUUGGCUGUUAAAAGUUUAACAUCAACUAGUGAAAGUACAUCUUGUUUAUUAUGUGGACGUGCAUUUAUACCUUUGAUUAAUCCUAAACAUAUAUGUUUCAAUUGUCAACGUGAAAUUUGCCGAAAUUGUUCAGAAUCUAUGAAUAAAUACGAUGAAUUCUUAUGUAGAAUGUGUUUAAAAGAGAAAAAUUAUCGUGCAAUGACAUGUAAUUGGUUUUACGAGACAGUAAUUCAACGAUUCAGAGAAUUCGGAAGUACAACUGUUGCUAAAAGUUUAUUUGGAUCAACGUACAAACAAGUUCAAAAUAUGGCUGAAGAAGAACUUUGGAAUCUUUUAUUUCGAUCUUCAUCAUCCAAAAGAAACUCUAUCGAAUCGAAAGAAUCAGACAAGUUUUAUUCAGCAGAUCAAGCUAGAGAAGCACAAAUUAAAAAAUUAAGAAAUCGAUUAGAAAAAUUAAUAGAAGAAACUUUAUCUGAAUUAAAUGCUGUUGAAAAAAAUGAUUCAUUAUCACCAAGACAAAUCACUUGGCAACAUGAAAGUGUGGGCAUGAAGUUUAAAAAGAACGCCUGUCGUGAAAUGAGAAAUUUCAUUCAAAUUCUCUACAUAACAACUGAAAAGGAACGAAUGAGUCAAGGUAUGAACACUAAGAAUAUUACUCCAUACGUAAUGGAUACUUUAGAAGGUGAAAUCAGUCGAAUAGUUGGAUAUAGUGUGAAGGGUGUUACAGAUACAAACAGUUUGGCUGGUGAAGAUGAUAAAGAAUCUGUUACAAUGGUUGAUCGUGAUGGUGUAGAAGGACGAUUGGCUGAGAUUCUUUUCAAUAAACUCUAUUCCGACAUUAAUUCUACGAAACAAGAGACUGUUAAAAAGUUUUCAUUUCAAACAUCUAAUCCCAUAGUAACUAAUACAAAUUUCAAUAAAUCAUCUUUCAGUUUCAUGAAUCAAUCAAAUCAAAAAGAUGAACUCAAUGUAACAGAAGGUUUUCCAAUUCGAAUGGAAUAUUCUUUACCAUAUAAUGAACAAUGCGAACUUCAAUGGUAUAAAUUAAACAAUAAAAAUCAACGAGUCCCAGUCAAACUUGAUUUUCGUAUUGAACAUGUUAUCACUGGUGCAAUUCAUAUGUCAUUCAAACAACAUCAACAAUUAAAUCAUCAAUAUCCAAAACAUCCAUUUGUUUUGUCAAAUUCAGGUUUGAUUACAAAUGAAACAAAACAAAAAUUGAAUCAAUGGAAAUGUAAAUUAUUAGAAUCUGAAUCAAAUACUAAUGUCAAUAAUAAUAAUAAUAGUGGUAAUGAAAUCAUCUACCUACAACAUCAUCUCAUCAUAUGGGCAAGUAAACCUGAUGAUGCUGGAAAAUAUUUUGCAUCAAAUCAAUAUCCAUCGAAUACAGAUGGUAUAUCAUCAACCGAAGAGAAGGAAUUUAUACUACAAGUAAUAAAAUCCAAUCAAUCAUCAGGCAGUCCACAAUGUUCACCAGAAUUUAUUGAACCUCUUAUAGUACAACCAAUAAGCAGUGCUACUAGUGAUCCUUUUAUUGAAAUGACAUGCAUAGUGACAGGCAAUCCUAUACCAAGAUGUUUAUUAUACCGAAAUUCAGUACCUAUCCCAGUGGUUUUAAUGCCUUUUCUCAAAAUCGAACCUAAUGAUCCACUAUCUACAUUGAGUUCUUUAACGCAAAAAUACACUGUCACAACAUCAUUAUUUGAUUUAAACAAAUCAGAUCGAUCAAACAAUUAUACAAGAAAGAUUACACUACGUCUUAAUCGACCAUCCAGUUCAGAAGACAUAGCCACCUAUAGUUGCCGUGCAUGGAAUUGUCAUGGUCGAACUAUUACAUCAAGUGUUUUAUCAAUGCAAGAUCACUUCGCUAAAUUCGAUUGUCCCUUAGAAAAACCGAAUAUGAAUGACAAUAUCGAUAUGGUAAAAAUUGAUUCAAUUCAAUCAGCAGUAAAUACUUCUCAAAACGUUCGUGAUAAUGGUGAUGCUCUGAUCAAAAAAGAAGAAUUCCCUCUCAUUACCGUAUUAAGUGAUUCACAUGACAGUAUCAGUGAAUUCAAACGAUUUGAACCGAAAUAUUCAAGUUCUAUCAUUGAAAUAUCUCCUGAAAACCAAUCCAUCGAUGUUAAUAUGAAAACCUCUACUGUGAUAAAAACAACUAUUCAUAAAGAAAAUGAAACAAGUGAAUCAUCUAAUAGAAAUAUUUCAGAAAUACUAAUGAAAAAAUCAUACAACAAUGACACCACAUCAAAUAUUUCUUCUGAUAUUGAUACCAAACAUUACAAUACUGUUAAUAUUCCUUCAUCGAAACGACAAAUUAUCAAAAUAUCAGAAGUUACUUCGUUACAUGAAGAAAUUAAUAUGAUUAAACGCAUUUCAGAAGAUAAUAUAUCACAAUCUAAUUAUAAUCAACCUAGGCGAAGAAUAUCACUACAAUCACCUGGACCAACAAUUUUUAUUGAUCGACGACAUAGUAAAGGAAAUCGUAGAAGCAGUACAUCUUCAAAUAUUACUGAACUUUAAUAAAUAAUCAAUAGAUUGUGUAUUACAUAACAUUAAUAAGCAUCUAUAAUAUUGAUUUUUUAUAAUCAUAAUCAUAUGUAUUAUUAUGUAUGAAAAUGUUUUUUUCUAUCUUUAACACGAUAUACUACUGAAUUACUUGUAAUGUGAUCAACUUAGAUUCAAUUUGUUUUAUAAGAUGAUUUUUCAUUAUUAUUAUUAUUAUUUUGACUGAAUCGAUAUUUCGUGUUUGUUUAUUCAUUUGUUUGUUUUUCCUAAUUAUCUAUCUUUUCAGUUCAUCAAUAUUUUCUUUAUGAGUUCUAGUACUAAGGUUAAUGUAUAAAAAAAACAUACUAUAAAUGUUAAAAGGAAAAAUUGUUGAAGCAUUCGAUG